AUGGAAGCUGCUAAGGAUACUUUGUCGAAUACCUUGAGUAUGUACUCUGGAGGCCCUGAUUUUUCAAAGUCGGGAGCCAAGCCGCUCAGAGAGACGUUCAAUGGGGAUAUUCCAACUGCUGAAAAUUCCACCUCUUCUAUUCUUCCUUGCGAGCCUUUGAAGAUUGUGGAUGGUCGCUUCGUGGACCCUCUGGGCCGCAAAAGAGUGCUUAAGGGUAUCAAUGUGGAUAACAGCAUGAAGCUUCCAGUGAAGCCAUUUCUGCCUACGUACGCUGGAGACUCUCUGGACGCCAACAAUGUGUUUUUCGAAGGUGACAAGGUGAGCUUUGUGGGUAGACCUUUCCCAUUGGAAGAGGCAGAACAGCACUGGAGAAGAAUCAAGAGCUGGGGCUACAACACCGUUCGUUACGUUCUCACUUGGGAAGCUAUUGAACAUGCUGGGCCUAAGAAGUACGAUGACGACUUUGUGAAUUACACCAUCGAGAUGCUCAAGAUUGUUCACAAGGUUGGUGGCUUGUACGUUUUCUUGGAGAGCCACCAGGACGUUUGGUCCCGUUACUCUGGUGGUUCAGGUGCUCCACUUUGGACCUUCUACGCUGCUGGUCUUCAGCCAACCAACUUCCACGCUACGGAGGCCGCUAUCGUGCACAACGAUCCAAGGUUCGAGAACCCUAUUGACCCUGAGUGGUACCCUAGAAUGUUCUGGCCAACUAACUACAGUCGUUUGGCCAAUCUUACUAUGUUCACCAUGUUCUUUGCUGGUAAGACAUACUUCCCUCACCUUACCAUUGACGGUGUCAACAUUCAGACUUACCUCCAGGGACACCACCAGGACGCUUUGGAGUACCUUUCGAGAAAGGUCGUCGAGGCACUUCCUGAGUUAGUUAAGGAUGGUACCCUUUUGGGCUUUGAAUCCUUAAAUGAACCAAGUGCUGGACUUGUUGGCCAUCCUCACUUGGACAAGAUUCCAAAGGAACAGGCUCUCUGCUUGGACACCACUCCUACCGCCUACCAGUGCUUCCUUUUGGGUAUGGGUCUUCCAGUCGAGGUUGACGUGUACAGCAUUGGCCUUGCAGGACCUCUGAAGGAAGGUACCCGUAUUGUGGAUCCCAAGGGUGUCAAGGCCUGGCUUACUCCAGAAGAAGCUUCCAAGUUUGAUGCUCAUUAUGGCUGGAAGCGUUCUGGCUGGACUCCUGGUGAGUGUAUCUUUGCUGGUUUAAAGAUUUGGGAAUGGACAGACAGUAUCGAUUGGAACAAGGUCAACUCCUUGUCUUUGGAAGAGAGACUUGAGGUCUCGAAGUCCCAGUGUCGCUUGCUUGAGCCAACUUAUUUCAACGAUGCCUCCAGAAUUUCCUCGUACCUUGGUGACAAGAAGGCUCCAAAGGACCUUGAUAUGGAAUUCUUCCUUGCCAACUUCUUUAUCGACUUCUACUUGGCUUACAAAAAACUGGUCAGAUCCAUUAACAAGGACUUCUUCUUGCUUCUCCAGCCUCCGAUCUUUACCCAACCUCCAAACCUUGAAGGUGACAGCAGAGGCGUUAUCGACGAUAGAACUAUCUACGCUCCUCACUUCUAUGACAUGAUGACCCUUUUGUUGAAGACAUGGAACGAGAACUUCAAUGCCGACAUGUUGGGUGUCCUGAGAGGUAAUUAUGCCCAUCCAGCUUUAGGUGUUGUCGUCGGACAGAAGGCCAUUCGUAACUGUCUCAAGAAGCAGUUCAUUGACAUCGCCUACAAGGAUAACAAGUACACCUCUCAGACCGCUGCCUUGGAUGCUUUUGCUAACGGUUUGGAGGCCCUGGGUAUGCAUCAUACUUACUGGGCGUACUCUGCCAUUAACAGCCAUGAGUAUGGUGACCACUGGAACAACGAGGAUUUCUCGUUCUGGUCUCCUGAGGAUCAAGGCAAGACUUUUGGUGCUGGCGAAACAGAUGCUCAGAAACUCAAGAACUGCUACCCAUCGGCUGACGGUGUUCGUGCUCCAAGCGCUGUCCUCAGACCUUUCUUGGUAUCAAGUAAAGGUGUCACAAAGGCGGUGGAGUUUGACCUCAAGAAGGCCAAGUUCUCCCUUACUUUGUCCAUUGACGAUACUUCCAACUUGGAGAACACUCCUACUCUCAUUUACGUGCCCAAAUGGCAUUACCCUGAGUUGAACUUCAACGAUAUUUACGCCUCUGCCGGUCAUGUCAAAUAUAACGAGAAGCUUGAGUACUUGGAGUGGUACCACCCUGAAAACGCUGGUGAAGAGACUAUCGUUAUUCAGAAGUACUCUGGUAAAGAUACUGAUGUCACCAAGAGAGAGGAGACCCAGGGAUUCUGUUCCAUUGUAUAG